CAUCUGUCGUUAAUUGAGACUCGGUCAAGGAUGGAGGAAGAGGCACGCAAGCUUCUCGAGGAAGGAAUAGUAAAGAAACUGAUCAGUCCUGGUAAAGGAGAGCUAUCGACCUUUCCCAAUGGAACAAAGGUGGUCUUCCACUACCGCACCAGCCUGUGUGAUGGCAAAGUGCUGGAUGAUUCCAGAACCAUGGGGGGCCGCAGCAAACCCAUGGAGCUCAUCUUGGGCAAGAAGUUUAAACUAGCUGUGUGGGAGAGAGUGGUCAUCACCAUGAAACAAGGCGAAGUUGCAGAGUUCACCUGUGACAAUAAGCACACGGCACUGUAUCCGCUCGUGUCCCAGUCCCUGAGAAACAUCAGUGCUGGUAAGGACCCCCUGGAAGGCCAGAGGCACUGCUGCGGCAUUGCUCAGAUCCACUCCCACCACUCUCUGGGGCACAAGGACCUGGAUCAGCUUCAGGCCAGUCAGCAGCCUCUCGUCUUCAGCAUCGAGCUGCUGGAGGUUCUGACUCCAGGAUCGUUCCAGCUUGACGUGUGGGCCAUGACAGACGAAGAGAAACUCAAGCUCGUGCCUCAGAUCCAUGAGGAGGGCAACAUGCUUUUCAAAAAGGGCCAAAUUAAGGAAGCCACAGAGAAGUACUACAAUGGCAUUGCCUGCCUCAAAAAUCUACAGAUGAAGGAGCACCCUGGGGACGAAGUAUGGGUGAAGUUGGACCACAUGAUAACACCACUGCUCCUCAACUACUGCCAGUGCAAGCUACUCCAGGGCCAGUACUACGAAGUCAUCGAACACUGCACAUCCAUAGUCUUCAAAUAUGAGUACAACGUGAAGGCCUUCUACAAGCGAGCUAAGGCCCACGCUGCAGUGUGGAACGAGACGGAGGCCCGAGCAGACUUUGAAAAGGUGUUGGAGCUGGACCCCUCUCUGGGACCGUCUAUCGCCAAGGAGCUGAAGAUCAUGGAGGAGAAGAUCCGCACCAAAGAGAAAGAGGAAAAGGGUCGCUACAAAGACCUAUUCAACUACAACGCAACACCAGCCACUGCCACUACAGGUUGAAUCUCACAGUGGGUUGGAACAAGAGGAUGCCUGUGAAGUUCAAAAGAGGAGGAGGAAACUGCGCUGACUGGUGUUUUAAGUUUUUAAUCCAUGCAUCCGAGCCAAAAACUGUUGCCACUCAGCCCUCCAUGGAACACGCAAACAUAUUCUCACAGGAGUCCGGUCAUACACGCAAAGCCACGCAUAUAUAUAUAUAUACUAAGGUGCAAUUUGCAUUCCUGCCCUACUCCCUUUAUCAAAGUAAUAUUCAGCCCUUGAUUAAGGCAGGCUGACAUAACCAUAGGUAUGUACUGGCCAACAGCAUCAUUAUUUUAGAGCGUCAUAGUUUUCUAAAGUAAACUCUUUUCUUUACUUAGCCCGUUGUCGCUCCAGAAAUGUCAACACUCUUGGUUAAAUAACUUUCUCACAGUAAUAGGCUACUACCUACACCAUGUUAUCCGUAGCAACAUUUUUCACAGGAUUUGCUGCAAAGAUUCUUUUUUUUUUUUUUUUUUAGAAAUGAGUAGUUUAAGCAUUUUAUGUUGUCUUGCUUUCUCUGAAAUCUGUGCAGCGCUGUUUGAUAAUCCUAAAAUUACUAAUUUUAGGAGCGAUUACAAUGAAUUCCCGAUAGAAAACCAAGGAGUACUUUUUUUCUGUGCACAAGGAACGUCAUCUACUCACAUGCACACCUCUGCCUUCCACGCCAGACCCGCUCUUCCUUCUUGGUAACAGCGGAAGCACUGGAGUAAGCAGGAGACCAGUCUCCUGGUAGAUGCGACUGGGAAACCAAGCUGUCUUGUGACAAUCAUUCUACAACACACAUGGACUUGUCUUAUCUUUGCUUUCUCCUUUGUACUCAUUUCAUAUAUAUAUAUAUAUAUAUAUAUAAGACCUAUAUCAUCAUAUUGUUUUUGUCACGAUGUACUCAACAAAGCCCUCACUAUCUCCUUCACUUGCUCAUAAAGAGCUUCUCAUCCCUCUUCUUGCGAAGCAGCUGGUUGUUAGGCCAUGAGACGUUAUUGAGGUUGUGAUGAAUGUAAAUGACAAUAAAUUUGUGUUUAUCCCCC